AUGGCUGUCCAAAGGCUUGUGGCUUGGUGUGCUGUGAUGCUCAUUCUGUUUUGCAAAGGUUGCCAUUCACAGCACCCUGAAUGUGGCAGAAUGGUAGCCAGCAGCCGAAUCAUUGGAGGUCAGAAUGCACCUGUAGGAAGUUGGCCCUGGCAGGCAGUUUUUAAACUGUACGGUUCCUUCUUCUGUGGAGGGUCACUGAUCACCAACCAGUGGGUGCUGACAGCUGCUCACUGCCUAACCAGUAAUGAUGUCACCGGCAUACAAGUCCAUCUGGGUGUGCACAGCUUGUCAGGUUCCAACCCCAAUGAAGUCAUUCGAAGCCUCGAUCAAAUCAUCUGUCAUCCUCAAUACAACGGCCAAACCUAUGAAAAUGACAUUUGUCUUGUGAAGCUGUCAAAUCCUGUGAAUUUUACAGACUAUGUAAGUCCGACCUGUUUAGCCUCAGACAACAGUACUUUUGAUGAUGGGCUUUCCACCUGGAUCACUGGUUUUGGAUCAACAUCAGACAUUCUGCAAGAGGUAGCUGUACCGAUAGUGGGAAAUAAUGCGUGCACAUGCUACUUGCAAGACUUCGCUGGAAUCACAGAGAACAUGAUUUGCGCUGGAAAAUUAGCUGGAGGAAAGGAUACAUGUCAGGGAGACUCAGGAGGACCGCUGAUGACACAUGAUGGUUUUGCAUGGGUCCAGGCUGGAGUUGUAAGUUUUGGUGAUGGCUGUGCCCUCCCAAAGAGACCUGGGGUCUAUACUCGAGUGUCCCAGUACCAUGAGUGGAUCAGUGACAAUAUCAAGGGAACAAAACCAGGCUUCGUCACCUUCACCUCUUCAGGCUCAGAUGACGAUCUGUACUUCACUUGUCCGACCUCUAGCCCAGACAUCCACCCUGACGACAUAUUUUCUAGUGGUGGAAACUUGAGCCCCGUUAGUCAGCUGAUCGCUGUCUCAGUUUUUGCUACGUUUCUUCAUGUCUUUGUUAGCAGUGGUGGAAUAUAA